GAGCUGGUUUCUUGUUCGUCAAGGUUGGGAAAAUGGCGGCUGCUUCUUUGGGCACGACAAUCUUUUUACUACAGAUCGCCCAGCACCAGGGAUAUAUUAAAAUCAACUGGACGCUGGUGGAGAAGAGUCUUAAUAAAGCCAAGUCGGAAAUGCGAAGUGAAGCGAAGAAACGCUAUCCGGGAAUCUUUGCAAAUAUGCAGAAGUUUAUGCAAAAUAACAUCAUUUUGGCCACAGCAUUUGCUGGUGGUUUCUUCUUUGGUGUGGCAAUUUGAGGCUUUUCUCCCUACCUGGUAUUUCGUCCACACUCUUUAGUAGCCAGGAAUGACCUUAGCCACUGCCACGUUGAACGUUGAAUGGAAGACUCCUAGAAGUGUGACCUAGUUAAGUAACGAGGAAUCCAAAAUCUCCUACUACUAAUCUUAGGAUAUCUCCCAGAAUAACUUAUUUAUCAAUGCCUCAAACAUUUACUUAUCAUUGUUCAGCUGGUACACACUAUUUGUUUGUAAGAGAGGUUGGGAAGUUCCAUGUGUGCAUGUCGUAUGUCAGUUCACAGGUGUUUGGUACUGUAGUCACAAUAGCCUGUAGUACAAUGUAUACAGACCUCAUGUGGUGAUACAGAUAGACACCUGUAACGAAUUUCUAUUAAAAUUGUGCUACACAACAAAAUGCUGUUGUAUUAUUAUAGGAUAUUAAACAAGCAUCCAUUCCGUAUCAUGUUUAUGUCGUGAGUGAAAUAAUUUUCAUUUAUGACAAGCUUUAGCGAGUUUAAUAUCCUAUUUAUUACCCAUAAUCAGUCUUAAUUUAUAUCACUCAGCUCGUUUGGUUGACAUUCCUGUAAGGUUGUAGUGCGCCCAUCGAUGAUGUCACGAAGUGUUAUAUCCCACUUGGCGUUCUAGUGGGAGGUAUCACUUUGAUAUGUACAUGUACCAAGAUAUAUUCAAUCAUAUGGGUAAUAAAAUACAUUAUUAACUUGGUUUAUUAUGCUUAGUUAAUAAACGUCAUACACAUGUAUAUAUGUAAUGAUCCAUACAACACCAAGCAGUAUGUCUGUGGAUGUAACACAAAAAGCCAAAAGCCAAACCUAAGUACAGGACAUGGAUCAUUUAGAAGUAUGUUGUCACUAUAACACCAAGUGUCUGUGGUCUAUGUGUAUGUGUGGUUCGACAUUAGGGUCUUCUACUUGUAGAUCUUUUGUAGAUUUCUAUGCCCUACUUGUGCUCUUUUUUUUUUACUUUUUUUUGUCUAUCCAAAUGAGAUGUGAUUGUCUCCCAUUUUAAAAUGUUUAUAUUGGAAUUUCGAAUUUAUAGAUAUUUUUUGUGUGUUAUUUUUUUUUUUUUUACUUGUUUCUUUUGUAAGGCCCACUUUCUAUUAACAUGAUUCCUCACUGAUUGGGGGGUAUUGUCCCCUACCCCCCCCCCCCCCACACACACACACGCACACACACACACUCGCUAAGUCACUGAUUCCGCAUACAAUUUGCUGUGCAUGUUUUUGUUGUUGCAGAAAUUCGCAUUUUUGUUUUACAAACCUUUUACUAUACAAAAUUUGACAUUGUCAAGUGUACUUUUAAGCCAAAGUAAAUACAAUAUUCUUCAUGUUGUGACGUCAUCACGAUAAAAAAAAAUUGCGAGUGUAAAAAUCACUCUUUGGUCAACGGUUUCUUUGUUUUUCAGCAAGCUGAUUGCUUGUUCUCGGAAUCAGAUACAUAGAACAGUUGCAGUGUAUAUGCACUCUUUGGUCAACGGUUUCUUUGUUUUUCAGCAAGCAUGAUUGCUUGCUCUCGGAAUCAGAUACAUAGAACAGUUGCAGUGUAUAUGCACUCUUUGGUCAACGGUUUCUUUGUUUUUUAGCAAGCUGAUUGCUUGUUCUCGGAAUCACAUACAUAGAACAGUUGCAGUGUAUAUGCACUCUUUGGUCAACGGUUUCUUUGUUUUUCAGCAAGCUGAUUGCUUGUUCUCGGAAUCACAUACAUAGAACAGUUGCAGUGUAUAUGCACUCUUUGGUCAACGGUUUCUUUGUUUUUCAGCAAGCUGAUUGCUUGCUCUCGGAAUCACAUAUAUAGAAAAGUUGCAGUGUAUAUGCACUCUUUGGUCAACGGUUUCUUUGUUUUUCAGCAAGCUGAUUGCUUGCUCUCGGAAUCACAUACAUAGAAAAGUUGCAGUGUACAUGCACUCUUUGGUCAACGGUUUCUUUGUUUUUCAGCAAGCUGAUUGCUUGCUCUCGGAAUCACAUACAUAGAAAAGUUGCAGUGUACAUGCACUCUUUGGUCAACGGUUUCUUUGUUUUUCAGCAAGCUGAUUGCCUGCUCUCGGAAUCACAAAGAUAGAAAAGUUGCAGUGUACAGGCACUCUUUGGUCAACGGUUUCUUUGUUUUUCAGCAAGCUGAUUGCCUGCUCUCGGAAUCACAUCCGUAGAAAAGUUGCAGUGUACAUGCACUCUUUGGUCAACGGUUUCUUUGUUUUUCAGCAAGCUGAUUGCCUGCUCUCGGAAUCACAUAUAUAGAAAAGUUGCAGUGUAUAUGCACUCUUUGGUCAACGGUUUCUUUGUUUUUCAGCAAGCUGAUUGCUUGUUCUCGGAAUCAGAUACAUAGAACAGUUGCAGUGUAUAUGCACUCUUUGGUCAACGGUUUCUUUGUUUUUCAGCAAGCUGAUUGCCUGCUCUCGGAAUCACAUACGUAGAAAAGUUGCAGUGUAUAUGCACUCUUUGGUCAACGGUUUCUUUGUUUUUCAGCAAGCUGAUUGCUUGCUCUCGGAAUCACAUAUAUAGAAAAGUUGCAGUGUAUAUGCACUCUUUGGUCAACGGUUUCUUUGUUUUUCAGCAAGCUGAUUGCUUGUUCUCGGAAUCAGAUACAUAGAACAGUUGCAGUGUAUAUGCACUCUUUGGUCAACGGUUUCUUUGUUUUUCAGCAAGCUGAUUGCCUGCUCUCGGAAUCACAUACGUAGAAAAGUUGCAGUGUAUAUGCACUGUAUCAAAACAUUGGGGGAGGGAUUUAGCACAGUCGGUUGAGGGAUCUGUUCAAUUGAUUGCAUUUUUCUUGUUCCAACCAGUGUGACACAACUGGUCAAAGGAUGUGGUAUGUGCUUUCCUGUCUGUGGGAAAAUGCAUAUAAAAGAUCCCUUUGCUGCUAAUGGAACAAAAUUAGCCGUUUUCCUCUGAUGACUACGAGUCAUAAUUACCAAAUGUUUGACAUCUAAUAUCUGAUGAUUAAUUGAUCAGUGUGCUCUAGCGGUGUUUUUUUUUUUUUUAAUCCCACUGUGGACAUUAAUUCCCCCAUUUAUAGAUCUGCUAGAAGUGUGCACUGGUGAGCACACACAGAUCACUAAAGUACUAAUCAAAAUUAUACCCAGGUGAU